CUCUUAUUCUUCUCAGAGAAUUUUUCAGACGCGCAUUUCCGGAGCACCAUGAAAACCACCAUCUUUUUGGCUCUCGUCGGCGUCGCAGCAGCUGCACCCUCUAUGACGCGGCCGAGGCGGGCCGCGUACGAGCUCCCCGACGGCGUAGAGUUCGUCGUGGGUGGCGUUCAGACGAGCUUCCAGUGCCGACGCAGCGGCUACUUCGCCGACGUCGACAACAACUGCCAAGUCUUCCACAUCUGCAACGAGGUCUUCAAGGACGACGGCAGCUUGGAGCUGCAGCAAUACAGUUUCUUCUGCGGCAACCAGACCGUGUUCAACCAGCUGAGCUUGACGUGCUCCUUCCCGGAAGAGUCCGUGCCGUGCAGAAAUGCGCCGGACUUCUUCUACAUCAACGACAACCUGGGACGCGAGGACACGCUGCUGCACAGCGACGACGACCUGCAGCGAGCCGCGCCGCUCAUUCCCGGCUUCCAGCAGACGUCCUACACUGCGGCAUCUAACCGCGUCGAAGUCAAGGACACGCACGCCCACCGGGGUCUGGAGAACUAA